GCAUCAUGGCUGUGAGUCGGCUGAGCCUGGCCUUCUCCGAGACACUGCACACUACAAAGCAUGUGGCCCAUGUGUGUCUCUUUAUCACAAUCGUCAUUCUGUUUGAAGUUGGGGCUCUAGGGCUGUGGGGAGACCCUCCUGCAUCUGCGUCGUACCCUCCUCUAGUCACACUACUCUUCCAAGUUACUCGACUUUUGCCGUUACUUGCACUACCCCAGGCAUUAUUUAACCUCUUGGGCUUGAUUUGUUUCAAUGCCUUCCCCGAGCGCUCGAAGCUUAAGGGUUCGCCUCUUUUGGCACCGUUUCUGUGCCUGAGAGUUGUGACCCGGGGAGAUUACCCAGACCUGGUCAGGCAGAAUGUCAACCGCAACCUGACGACAUGCCUGCGUGUUGGCCUGGAGAAGUUUAUGAUUGAAGUCGUAACAGACAAGACGAUAGAUCUACCUGAAAAUCAGAGAAUUAGACAGGUUGUUGUACCUUCUAGCUAUCGUCCAAAGAGUGGAGCACUGUUUAAAGCCCGAGCUCUUCAGUACUGCUUAGAAGAGGAUGUUAAUGUCCUAGCAGAUACUGACUGGAUAGUUCACCUCGAUGAGGAGACUCUAGUUACAGAUGCUGCCAUUAGGGGCAUUCUCAACUUUGUUAUUGAGGGCCGACAUCAGUUUGGUCAGGGCUUAAUAACUUAUGCAAAUGAGAACAUUCAGAACUGGUUCACAACUUUGGCUGACAGCUUUCGUGUGUCAGAUGAUAUGGGCAAGUUGCGGUUCCAGUUCAAAGUGUUUCAUAAACCACUUUUUGGAUGGAAGGGAUCUUAUGUUGUUACUCAGACUGGUGCGGAAAGACGUGUGACCUUCGACCACGGUCCGGAUGGAAGCGUGGCUGAGGACAAUUAUUUCGGAAUGGUGGCCUUCAAAGAAGGCUACUCCUUCGACUUUAUUGAGGGGGAGAUGUGGGAAAAGUCUCCGUUCACCAUUUAUGACUUUUUGCAGCAACGCAAGAGAUGGCUACAAGGGAUCCUCUUAGUGGUCCACAGCCCCCAUAUCCCUAUUAGCACAAAGUGGUUGUUAGCUGUCUCCCUCUACUCUUGGGUUACCAUGCCACUGGCCUUGUCAUCGGUCGUUUUAAGCACCAUCUUCCCUGUGCCUGUGCCUGGCCUCCUCAACUUGGUUGCAGCAUUUGUAGGGGGUGUCAACUUUUAUAUGUACAUAUUUGGUGUGAUCAAGUCGUUCCGUGUGGAUCGUGUUGGGUGGAUGAGGAUGGCCAUGUGCAUGAUAGGGGCCCUCAUUACCAUGCCCUUCAACUUCCUCGUUGAGAACAUUGCUGUGCUGCGUGGACUGGUGGGCAAUAAGCACAAAUUCUACAUUGUCAAUAAGUUAACAGGUGCUCCGGACAAUGGAGUGAGCAUAGUUUAAGCCAUGAGGAGCAGCCUGGCCUAGUCAUGUCUACACUGUUCUCCCACCUGCUGCUGACCACUGCCACUGCCCGCUGAGGAGUGUAUUCGCUGUUUGCCUACGCAUAUUGACGCUGCUAGUUCGGUCACCAAUUGGUGCUCAUGGCAAAGAAAGGCAUUACAAAUGUCUACUACAAAAUGUUCCAAAAAUUGAAUAAUCAAACUCUGUAUUGAAGAUUUCUUACAUCAAAGCUUUACAUUGGUUUUUGGCUUGGUUAUUGUGCUUUUUAAUGUGGAUAUAUAUACACAUCAUCUUACAAAAAUAGGAUGUACCUAGUGCUUUAUAAAAUCAUUCAGAAAUGGGUAGAAUGCUUUACCAAUGCAUUAUCAUACUCCUGCUGCAGUAAUUACCAUGGUAAAUAAAUUAUUGCUCUGUAUGGAAUAGAAUCUUCUACAGACAUUUGCAUCAUUACAGUUGUUAAUGGGUUGACCCUUUGGAAGUGGUUUUUACCAAAGACAAUAGAAACACAGCAGUUGAGACAGCAUGUUUAGGGUGCUGCAAAAUUUCUCAAAUUUUACAGGCUUGUCACAUGACCUUAUCUCAACUUCAUGUAGCAGCUUUAGACAGUCUGGGCUGGAUUGAAUACAGAGCAGUAGGCUUCGAUCAGAGGGUCUUUAGCAGGCACAAAUCAAAAUUUAGGUGUAUGGCCAAUGUCAUAAGGCCUUGCUUACCUGUUGAUUCUCACCUUAUUCCAGCUGGGGGUAACACAGCCAGUUUAAAUCAACUUAACUUCAGUAAAAAGAUCCAGACAAAUAUGGAUGAGUGCUUUGUGGUGUAUAUUAGCUUGUGAAUAUGAUGAUAGUGAAACAGGUGCUAUAAGCAUCCCCAUUCUUGUGAUACACAUUCACUGCCAGUGGAAAACAAGCAAGCAGAUAUUUAGACCUGUAAUAUCCAGUGCCAGGGCGUUGCAUUCAGGAUUUCCCUGAACUUGCCGUAAUUAAUUUCUUUUCCUUAAAAAUGUGGAAACCAAUGUUCUUGAUGUCAUUUGAUAUACAAUAUUUAUUUAUUUUUUUAAUUAUUUAUUAUUAUUAUUUUUUUGAUAAUUUUCUUUUCAGUCAGGAGCCAGUUUGAAAGUUGCAUUUUGAUGAUUGCUCAGAAGACAGCAGACUUGGAAUAUGUCACGAUAAACUAUUGUCAGUGUUUGAAAGACCAGCAUGAUGGGUGUUACUUAAACAAAACAAAUACAACCAAAAAAUAAAAAAUAUAUAUAAAAUAAAAAAAUGUUUCCAUAAAUCAUCAUUAAAAAGUUUCAGUACAACAAAGCUCUCUCAGAGCACAUUCUGUGGUUUAGCUUGCAGGAUGAACAUUUAGGUGCCUCGUUGGCCAUAAUGUUUACCAUUAGCGCUGCACGUGUAAGUGAAAGUAAUUCUUUGUGUUAGUGGAUGCAUCUCAUAGAGUAGACAUAUCUUUGUUCCUUUGGUUGUGAUGUUGUAUUUUAUUUGUUAGAAAAACUCACUGUGUUAUUGUAUAUAUUAUAUGUUUAACUCUUCCGAAGUGCGUUGGAAGAUUUGGUCUUAACCAAAGACUUAAGAACACUAGUUUUUUGUGGGCGUGAUAUUGCCCUUAUUUUGGUAAAUUGAAAGCGAUGUUAUUUAGUGUAGACAGAUGUACCUCACCAUGUUAAGAGCCAAUAAAAUGUGUGUUAAAGCUGAAUUUAUGUUAUAAAAAUGGCAGCCUGUUUAAGGGCAGAAAGUAUUGUCAAUGUCUGGCUGUAACAUCAUCUGUGAAAUCAUGCCAUAAGGGUAAAGCAGAUGGAUUUCUAUCUCAGAAUCACCUGGACACAAAGUAAUUACCAUAAUUUAAUAAGUAAAAACUGUUACAAGGAAACCAUAAUGUAGCAUAAGGCAGCUGCCACAAAUGUAAAAGGAAGAGAAAUCAUUCUAGAGUGAUGUUUUUUCCAGUUCAUGAUAAAAUAGUUAAGAGUGUUCGAGGGAUUUGUUCCUGGAGAACACAAACCGUGGGAAUGAACAACCAAAUGAGGGUUUGACAGGCCUCAGGACCACUCAGAGUUAUCCUUGAGAAUGGAUUGGAAGUUGGCAAAGUGGAGCUGCAACUCGAGUAUUGUGAGGAAUGUGUAAUUUAACUGUGUACUCAGGAGGUUAGAUUAUACAUUUCCAAAAUAGCUGUUUUAACUCAAAGUGUCAUAAGUUAUGCUGUCAUUUGUGUGUUCUAUGAUUCUGAUGUGUGUGUUGAAGUGAUGUUUGUUUCUUGCACAAUGGUAGUUGAUAUUUAUAAUGGUUCAGUUAGAGCACAACUUGUAAAUAUUUCCAAUGUGACUUUCUUACUUGUAUUUGAUUUGUAAACAAAUGCUUUUCUUAGAGGUUGGUGCAUUUACAGUAAGGGUAGUGAUGAUGCUGUGCAUCACUUUUUAUUUAUUCAGAUGUUAAUAGUGUUGAUUCUUUAUUUUUUUUAUCAUGAUUUUUUUCUAUGGGAGUUUUCAGCUGAAAGUCCUGAGUGUGAUAAAGUUAGCAUUAAAUGACAGAUUUUUUUUCUUUUCUUUUUCACUUGCAACAGUUUUAUUUCCUGAAACAGGCAUAAAAUCUCCCUCUGAUUCACUUGCACAAAGGAAGGGAUCUUUUAGGUCCUUAGAUUGGCAUAUGAUGCAUCUGAUAGGCCUGACUGAGAUUUUUGAGAAGCCUCAUCUAUAUUUUGUAUAUAAUAUGAGUGUCACACAAAUACCACCCCCACCUGCCCCCAAGAAAAAAAGGAAAAUAAAAUAGUGAAAUUUAAAAAGCAAGAACAUGGAUAUGAACUUUUUGAACCACUGCUUUUUAAGAGAUUUUUGCCAGUUACUUUUUUGGACAAUACAUCCCUACUUCACCAUUUCUAAAUUCUAUCAUUUCUUAUAUGAAAGAGGUUAAACUUGUUAUACACACUGCCAUUUAAAACUUUAUUUCAUGUUAGUAAUCUCAUUUCCUGAAAUUUAUAGUGGAUUUGAUUUCAAAAAAUAAUUUUGUUUUCUGAAAGAGGAAAUUCAUGUGUUUCAGUUGAAUAACAGUCAAACAAAAUUAUAUUAAAAAUGGCAGUAUUCAUAAAAGUUAGAAGCUUAAAAGUGGGUUCAUUUGAAAUGAUUUACUGCAAAUGCAAAAUUUUAAGUUUUAGCUAACUGUAACAUGUAAGAAGGA